UCCACCGCUGCAAAUUCCAGAACAUUCUGUUCUUAGAAGAAAUGGAUUCAGAAACCUCCAACAAAAUCUCAGAAACAGUUCUUGAAAUCCUCAAAUCAUGUAACCUUGAUGAAGUUACAGAGCUCAAAAUCCGUAAAAUGGCUUCUGAAAAGCUAGGGCUUGACUUGUCCGACCCGACCCGAAAGAAAUUUGUCAGGCAAGUCGUGGAAAAGUUCCUUGCUGAAGAACAAGCUAAAGUUGAAGCAACUGAAGAAGUAGUUGAAGAAGAAGAGGAGGGUAAAAAAAAAGGUGAUAAAGAGUACGAUGAUGAUGGUGAUCUCAUUGUUUGUCGAUUGUCGCAUAAGAGAAGAGUGACGAUUACUGAGUUUAGGGGGAAAACUCUGGUGUCGAUAAGAGAGUACUACAACAAAGAGGGCAAGGAGUUACCUACUGCUAAAGGGAUAAGCUUGACAGCUGAGCAAUGGGCAACAUUCAAGAAGAAUAUUCCCGGAGUUGAAAAAGCCAUCAAGAAAUUGGAGUCGAGGUCUUAGUUUAGUUUCUCUUCUUUCUUUUGGUUACAUGCAGUAGUAAAUUGUGUAAUAUCUGAAGUGCUUCAACAGUAGGACAGACUUAUUUUUUGGCCUUACCCCUGCUCUUUUGGGUAUAUAGAUGUUAUCUAAUGAAUGGGAGGUAGCUGGUUUCUGGAAAGACUAAAGAUAGGUUCUUGAAUUCCUUCUCUGAUUUAUGAUGCAUCUUUUACUUCACCUGA